CUACAACUCCCAGGAGGCGCCACGGGCCUAACCGUCCGUUCUCCCCCCGCCCCCGGCCUCCCCUUUACCCUCUCCGGCGGCUCUGCGACGGACUUGGGUCCCGCGGGCGGCGGAGCGGGCGCGCGCGUAGGGGGUCGCGCGGCUGCUGAACAGGGCGAACGCGCGCGAAUAGGGAGUGGAGGCGUAGGGGGGCGGCGGUAGGGCUCGCUCGCUCGCAAGAUGGCGGACGAGGACGGGGAAGGGAUUCACCCCUCAGCCCCUCACAGAAACGGGGGUGGCGGCGGCGGUGGGGGGUCCGGGCUCCACUGCACCGGGAACGGCGGCGGGGGAGGCGGCGGCCCGCGGGUCGUGCGCAUCGUCAAGUCCGAGUCCGGCUACGGCUUCAACGUGCGGGGCCAAGUGAGCGAGGGCGGGCAACUGCGGAGCAUCAACGGGGAGCUGUACGCGCCGCUGCAGCAUGUGAGCGCCGUGCUGCCCGGGGGAGCGGCCGACCGGGCCGGGGUGCGCAAGGGGGACCGCAUCCUGGAGGUGAACGGCGUGAAUGUUGAGGGGGCGACACACAAGCAGGUGGUGGACCUGAUCCGAGCAGGCGAGAAGGAAUUGAUCUUGACAGUGUUAUCUGUACCUCCACAUGAGGCAGAUAACCUAGAUCCCAGUGACGACUCGUUGGGACAAUCAUUUUAUGAUUACACAGAAAAGCAAGCAGUACCCAUAUCGGUCCCCACAUACAAACAUGUGGAGCAGAAUGGUGAGAAGUUUGUGGUAUACAAUGUUUAUAUGGCAGGGAGGCAGCUGUGUUCUAAGCGGUACCGGGAGUUUGCCAUCCUACACCAGAACCUGAAGAGAGAGUUUGCCAACUUUACAUUUCCCCGACUUCCAGGGAAGUGGCCAUUCUCUUUGUCAGAACAGCAACUAGAUGCCCGACGUCGGGGGUUGGAAGAAUAUCUAGAAAAAGUGUGCUCAAUACGAGUCAUUGGUGAGAGUGACAUCAUGCAGGAAUUCCUAUCAGAAUCAGAUGAGAACUAUAAUGGUGUCUCUGACGUAGAGCUGAGAGUAGCACUACCAGAUGGAACAACAGUUACAGUCAGGGUUAAAAAGAACAGUACUACAGACCAAGUAUAUCAGGCUAUUGCAGCAAAGGUUGGCAUGGACAGUACGACAGUGAAUUACUUUGCCUUAUUUGAAGUGAUCAAUCAUUCCUUUGUACGUAAGCUGGCACCUAAUGAAUUUCCUCAUAAACUCUACGUCCAGAAUUACACAUCAGCUGUGCCAGGCACCUGCCUAACCAUUCGAAAGUGGCUUUUUACCACAGAAGAAGAAAUCCUCUUAAAUGACAAUGACCUUGCUGUUACCUACUUUUUUCAUCAGGCUGUUGAUGAUGUGAAAAAAGGUUACAUCAAAGCAGAGGAAAAGUCCUACCAAUUACAGAAGCUGUAUGAACAAAGGAAAAUGGUCAUGUACCUCAACAUGCUAAGGACUUGUGAGGGCUACAAUGAAAUCAUCUUCCCCCACUGUGCCUGUGACUCCAGGAGGAAGGGACAUGUCAUCACAGCCAUCAGCAUCACGCACUUUAAACUGCAUGCCUGCACUGAAGAAGGACAGCUGGAGAACCAGGUAAUCGCGUUUGAAUGGGAUGAGAUGCAGCGAUGGGAUACAGAUGAAGAAGGAAUGGCCUUCUGCUUUGAAUAUGCCCGAGGAGAGAAGAAGCCUCGAUGGGUUAAAAUCUUCACACCAUACUUUAAUUACAUGCAUGAAUGCUUCGAGAGGGUGUUCUGUGAGCUCAAGUGGAGAAAAGAGAACAUUUUCCAGAUGGCGAGGUCACAGCAGAGGGAUGUGGCCACCUAGCCUUUCCUCAUCUCCUCCUCUUCACCCUCAUCCUCUCGCCCCUUUCGUCUCCUGUGUCAGACAGAGUAACCGUUAACACAAAAGAAGAGAAAAAGGAAAAAAGUCAUUAUGUUCAAAAGCCCUAAACUAAAUACUAUUAAUAGUCCCUCUGAAUUUCAUGUCUCUGGAAUUGAGCUGGUAGAGAACAACAGAUUGGUCAGCACCAGGAGUCAGCUGAGUUAAGACAGGAAAAUAAGGCCAACAAUGCGCCAAAGGUAUCUUGGUCCUUUCACCUGGGCCUCAUACCAACAGACUCUCCUUGUACUAUAUUUUUAAAACUGGAACUAUGAACUCCAUCCAUUUGCACUGUUCAGACAUAUAUAUGUAUGUAUGUAAAAAUUAUAUAUACACAAAUUAGCUGCACGUAUAUACAUAUAUAUAUUUCUUUUUAAAUUUCAUAUUGAUGGCAGUACCUUUUUUAGCUUGUGUUUUUACACACCUUUCACUAGAAUUCAUGACUUCUCUCUUGCUCUCUUUAUUUUGAAACAAACUUUAAAAAGGAAAAAAAAUAUUUUACCAGGAAAAUACCUCUCCUCAUGAAGGACUCGAUAAGUUUACAACCUGCUUGGGUUUUCCCCCCCUUUUUUGUACUGAGUGAAGAUUCUGGCUUAUGCAUUGCCUAGAGUCUGAGGAGCAAGGAGCAUAGUUUCUUUAUCUUCCACAAGGCUGCUGGGGAGGAGAAAGAGAUGUAUAUCUCAAGGGCAGCAAGACUUGCAGAUCUGCAGGGAGAGUCAAAAGUCUUGGUGUGGUCCUUGAUUCCAAGACACCUUUCCUGGUCCAUCUCGCUCUCCCACUCAUGGCUUUCUAGCCACAUUCUCAUCUCCUUCUCACUUCCCGAGGGCCCCUUGAAUGCUCUUCCUCCACUGGCCUAGAAUGGAGGGGGAGGGUCAGCUCAGGAGGUUGAUGCCACAGGAACCUGAAACACUUCGUGGUUGUAAUUUCCCAUUUCCUACCAUUUCUGAAGCAGGCAGAGUAUUAGGGACCAGAGUUAAAGCCAAUACCUUUAGGCACAAAGAUCGGACUUAGGGGAAAAGAAGGAAGAAAUGUCCCUUAAGUACCUAAGCUUUUCCCUAUCCAUUCCUGACCAAUAAUCACCCAUAACCAGUUAUGUUCUCCAUGACUUCCUUAAAGAGCCGUUUUGGGAAGAGGGCUCUGAUGAUAUCCCUGAGGACUUGGGGAAACUUGGAAUGAGUCAGUGGUCUGUGCCAACCAAUCUACUGCUCAUCCAAGCCAGCUGAGGACCCAGGAAGAACCAGUAGGAAUAUGACUGAUUUGAGUUGGAUCUCAAUUUUUAAUGAAAAGGAGCCUGAAAGAAAACCAUUUUGUCCCUCAAAGAGCUCCUCAUCUCACCUUGCGGUUUGAGCUUUUGAGACCUGAGAACUGUAUCCCAGGACCAGGUGGGGCAACACUCUCAGCCCCCGGCUCUAGAGAUAUUGCAUUGGGGGUGUGAAGUUGGGCUCCCAUGCAACCAAAGCACGUCUGUGAGCCUUCUUUUCUUUUUCCCUUCUCUACCUUCUAAACAGAAACCUCCAUUGGGUGGCAUCUUUUGCUUUGUCUAACUGGGAGGCAACCAUACUUGGUUUAGUCAGUCUACUGAGCAGUGGUGGGGUGGUUUGAAGUUUCUUUUUCGGUAACUUGUUUUUGCGGAUCGUCAUGAGGCCACUUUUCUUUCCCUCUCACUCUGUUAUCCUGGCAGCUGUUUGCCCCAGGACAGUGUGGGAUCAUACAGGACACCUGUCUUCCCUCCCCUUCUCCAAACAUAGGUGAAAUCACAGAAUACAGACGUAGGGAUGCUAAAUGUUUUAAAGUUACAGAGAGUGAUCCCUGGUUUGAAAGUUUUGAUACAGGAUUAACUUCUUUUGGCUUAAAUGAAUUUAAUAAUGAGCCAAAGGACCCUAGAAAGAAGAUAAUGCUGAUUCCCCACUCCAAGAUGCUAAAGAGGCUUUCGGCUCCAGCUUUGUUCAAAUUGUAAACAUAGCAGCCGUUUGCCCAUAUUCCCUCAGAGUGCGAGAGGAAUGAGCAAAUCCGGGGUCCGUGCAGUAUCCCAAAUACUGACCUCCCAUUGAUUGUGAGAUGUGAGAUGGUGGGGGGAUGGAUGCCCAUAGGAUGGAGGCCCGUUUUGUGGGGGUGGAUGCUGCUCUGGUCCCUUCAUGGCAGAGCGUUCAUUCACUUGGUGCUUUGGAGACGGGGUGAGGGCCCCAUGGGUAUUGGCCUGUGGGCAGAAUCAAACAGCCCCUACUAGCAGCCAUACCACUAACAAAGCACCCAGUUGCAUCAAGGAGGGGGGAAGGAGGGAGCUUCUGGAAGACAGCAUCUUCCCCUCUUCCACCCACAGCAGGCCUCCUGGACCAGGCAGAGGUCACUGUGGCUUCAUAGGAUCAAGCUCUUUUUUGCAUGAAGCAGUGUUAGUGUGACACUCCUUUCCCCUGUUGCUCUGUACUUCCUCUCCCUAAUCUCUGCUAUCUUUCUUAGUCCUGGAUUGUGCCCAGGGAGACUUCUGCCCAGUCUUCUUUUGCAGUUUGUCUCUGGGAAGUGGAGGGGCUUGCCCUCCCCUCUGCUUUGUCCCUGCAGAACCAGCAGGAUCUUCCUGAUCUGUUUUCCUCCCCUCUGCACUCAGUUUCUGUCCUCUUUGGUAAAAGGUCAGAAUUUUGUAUAGAUCAGGAGAAAAUGCAGGCCCUGAGAAACCUGUCCUUACAGAAAGGUUUCCUAGGGCCAUGCUUUGGGCUCUCUGCUCUUUAUAUUUUUAUUCUUCUCUUCCAUUUUCCUGCCCUACCCUUGCCCUCAGCCUAAGCUCAACCAGGUGUGUGCUCAGGGCAGCUCCUAGGCCUGGCCUUUUUCAUUCUGUCAUUACCCAGGCUAGUGGCUUUGGUUAUCUCCUCUUGUAGCACCAAACCUAGUGCUUGGAGCAAUAGUACAGGGCAUUGACAGGAGGGGACAUCUCUCUCAGAAUCUGCCAGCUUAUGUCCUGGCUCCUAGAAGGCAGUUUUCCUCAUGGAGACUACAUCCUGAUUGACCUGAAGUCUCCAGACCUGGAGGGACUACUGUGCCCCCUCCUCUCCAUUGUGCUCUCUGGCUGGGUCAGUUCAGCAUAGAGACCCUUUGGGCUAUUGGAGCCCAGGAUACUGCUAGGUUCGCUCACCAGAUUGAUUGUUUCCCAUUAGCUUCCUUUUGAAAGGAGGACAACGCUGUUGAUACUCAGAAGAGAGGCAGUGGGUUUGCUUCUUCAACUCCUGUCUUCCAGUUCCACCUCCUUCCUUCCUUUCCCUCUAACCCUGAGCACGUCAUGCCAGGCCUCACUCAUACCAGGACAGCAGCUUACUCCUCAGCAAUAAUCUCGAGUGUGGGGAAUGUUUAGGGUUCUGGGGAAGGGCAGGAGCAAAGAGGGGAAUGCUGGGGGCUGGAGGCACUUGGCCAUCUGCUAAAUUGGACACCAGUUUUAUAUCAUGCCCCCCCUUUUUAAGCCAGUGAGCUGGGCUUCAGUUUUCCCCAGGCCAUGCAUACUUUUAAUUUAUUUGAGAAACUCUAAUUGUAUUUUCACUGCAGUAUCUUGUAUUUUUUAUUUGUGAUUUGAGAAAUGUGAAGAGAAAAUACACAGACACAUAAUGGCUAACAGUGUUUCUUUCAUUCCUUGUUCUAGAGCUAACCACUCUAAAAUUGUUUGGUAAUGUCACUUAGUGUAAUUAAUUGUAACAUAUUCUUUUAAAUAAAUUGAUUUAUUGAUGAAA